AAAUACAUAAAGGUGAAAUACGGGACCUAUACCAAAGCGGCAAAGCCAAAAUCAGGGUUCAUUUCCCAUAUAUGUUAAAAAAUGACCAUUCUCUCUCAAAAAAAGGAUGAUUUCCUAAAAUAUUAUACACAAAAAUGAGCUGAUGAACAGGAGAAUCACAAAUUUGGUGUUGGAGAAGAGAGCAAAGUGUUGAAAUUUCUUUUUUUUUUUUUUAGUUUGAGGGUUGGAUUGAGGUAAUUGUUGAGUAAGGGUUUGUAUCUGAGUUUGGAAAAGAUUUCUCAGAAUCAAAAUCUCGUUGAAGAAGAUGAGGGCUUCUGCAAAAGCUCUCAUUCGCAGAGGAAUUGGUGUUAAAUUCGGUAUUCUGACUCAUCCAUUCUCUCUCUACCCUUCUGAUCUGCGUAAUGUCGGUUUCCAAGGUACGAGACAUUUCUCAUCUAUGCUUAGAGUACAUUUCAGUUGUUUAAACGACAUACAUUUCGCUCGUUUCCUGUUUCGUGAAAUGUUGAGAGUUAGGCCACGGCCUUGUAUUUCCAUGUUCGACAAACUGCUGAAUGCUGUUGUCAAGAUGGAAGAAUACACGACUGCCCUAUACAUGUUCGACGAAAUGCGUCAAUUAGGUACACCUAUAAAUUUGUGCACGAUGAAUAUCAUCAUCAAUUGUUAUUGCCUUGUGAAGAGGGUGGACUUUGGGUUUGCUAUGUUGGGCAGCAUCUUCAAGCUCGGUUACGAACCAGAUGCGGUGACUUUUACGACUCUCGUGAAAGGGCUUUGCUUAAGUAAUAAGGUGGUUGAGGCAGAAAAUUUGUUCCUUUACUUGUUAGAUCAUAAUCUCUCUGUGACAGAUGAAGUUAUGUGUAACACUCUGAUCAAUGCACUUUGCAAGGAAGGAAGGAUAGAGGAGGCUGAGCAUGUUCUGAAAGUCAUGGUAAUGCGGAACAUUAGCCCUGAUGUUAUCGUUUAUACCACGUUGAUGGAUGGGUACGCUUCACAAGGGAAAAUGGAAAAAGCAAAAGGAAUAUUUCGUUCCAUUGUGGAACACGGACUUGAGCCAAACAUAUUCACCUUCAACACUCUGAUCAAGGGAUAUUGUAAGGAAGGAAGUAUAGAGGAGGCUGAGCAUGUUCUGAAAGUCAUGAUAAUGCGGAACAUGAGCCCUAAUGUCAUCAAUUUUACCACGUUGAUGGAUGGGUACUCUUCGCAAGGGCAAAUGGAAAAAGCAAAAGGAAUAUUUCGUUCCAUUGUGGAACACGGACUUGAGCCAAACAUAUUCACCUACAACACUCUGAUCAAGGGAUAUUGUAAGAAAGGCAACGUUGAUGAAGCUUGGUGCCUUUUCCACGAAGUUUCUCGUAAAGGUUUACAACAUACAACAGUCACAUAUAACACCAUGCUUCAUGGAUUAUUUUGUGCUGAUAGAUUUGAUGAAGGUUGGAAGCUUUUCAAUGAUAUGGAAGCUGAUCGGCAAGUACGCCCUGACAUAUUCACCUAUCAUAUUCUAGUCAAAGGUUUAUGUGCAGAUGGAAGAGUUGCAGCUGCAAGAGAUAUUCUUCAUCAACUUCCUUCGAUAGGGCUGCGUCCUAAUGUUCCAAUGUAUACCAUGAUUUUUGAUUCACUUCAUCGAAAGGGGUUAAUAGAGGAGGCAAAGCAUUUGCUUAAGGAAAUGGAAGAAAAUGGUCUGAACAAAGAUGAAAUUCUUGAGAGAUGGAUUAGAGAGAGGGAUGGAUUGUGAAUUUGUAAUAAAAUCACCCUUUAAAAUAGAAAUAAGAGCUGAUCUUAUAAGCCAGUUUUUGAUCUUAUUAUGCUAUUAUUUUUAUUAAAUAAUCUUACAAUUGUAAUUAAGUUCUCUCUGCUCUUUUCUCUCA